GUAAGGUUACCAGACCUCUACGAGGGGGGGCGGGUCUAGGGUCGGCAACGCGCAUGUAACUCCUCUGGAGUUGCAGGCGUACAUAGGCUACGGAGACUGCUUACCAUCAGGCGGGCCGUAUGCUUGUUUGCCACCGAUGUAAUAUAAAAAAAUAUCCUCAAUCAGUAAUUUGACUUCUUGAUUGAAUUAAAAUAAUUAAUGUUAUUUAAGAGUAUGUUUUCAUAAUUAACGUGAAAUAACUUAGUCAUCUUGACGUCCAGCGGAAACUAGAACUCCUCUAAAUAGAUUGUAUGUAAGUAAGUAUAGGUAACUUAAUUAUUUGUACCUAUAAACCUAAUAGUUACCAUCCGAGCUGUAAUGAGGUAAGCACUGCGAUUACUGCGAAAACAUUCCAUUUAAGUACCUAAAUACUAAAUUAGAUUAAGGUUAGAUUUAGUUCGCUUAUUGGUUCUGAAUGUUACGACCCUUUACGUUAUUACAACACCUUAUCAAAGUCAGACGUUUCAGAUCUUUUUCGUUGGCACGCUAUGUAUUUAUUUACGCAAUCGUCUAUUUCAUAAGCACUCACAAAACUAAUCUGCGGGAAAAUUAAACGGAACAAAUAAACGUUGUAAAUUAGUAAAACAACAGUCAAACUUGACACACAUUCUAGAAAUAAAUCCAUUUCAUUAAGCUUGACUUUUGACGCCCAAUCCGGACCGAGCGUUUAUGAGAUUUAACUGGCCCAAGGUCCUUAUUGGGCUUUUAACAUGCGCAGUCCCAAAUUAGGUGUUAUCGGGUCGCGUGCUGGUCCUAGCAAUCUCCAGCAAUAAUUGCUCGUGCGUCGGAGACCGAUACAUAUCGCGUACAAAGUGGUACGUUUAGUUGCUUGGUUGCGUGGACCGAGAGUGACCUUGCCCCACCCCUGGCUUUCCACCGCCGUAUUAAAUUUCGAGUAGUCUGCUACAUCCAACCGUCGUAAGCGGAGUUGUGCAUCAAGCUCUUCUAAACCUUAGUGCAUUGAGAUAGAAGCGGUUGUAGCUUGUCAGAGAUUCUUUAGUUGCGCUCGCGAUGGCGCAGAACGCUAUUGUUUUGUUAAUGCUGCAAAUUAGCCAGCUGUUUGUUGCAACAGUGGGGUCUAGUACCCGCUUUGGUGUCUGAGACCACCGACGUGUCUUACGGUCCCGUGUUAAUGUAAACAAACCUAAGUUUAAAAACCAAGUGUUUUAAAAUGUUAAGUGAUUUUUAAUAUUGCGUUUAUGGUUAUAUAUAACUUAAGAGAAUAAAACGUAUAAGACUUCAAAGUGUAGGCAUCAAAGUGUGGGGCCCAAGCAGAUUCCGUUGGCUGGCAGCUGACUCGAUGCUGGAUAGCGACGAGGACGCGUUCGUUGUUGUGUCUCUACCUGUCUCCGUGCCUGAGCCUCCUGCAGCAAGUUACGGCAAAAAGAACGGCAUGUGGUACGGCGGCACGACCACCGCGGCGGCCCCGAGUGGCUGGUCGCGCGCCGGCACCCGCAAGCAGUCCGUCGCCGAGUCCGACGCGCCCCCGCCGGGCGGCGGCAAGCCCACCUCCGGCCGUGUUAUACGGAUUAUUAACAACAUGGACCACUCUAUACAGUGCCGUGUCUUGUUAAAUCUACGAACAACCCAGCCUUUCGAAGAGGUCCUGGAGGAUUUGGGACAAGUGCUGAAAAUGAGUGGAGCUAAACGAAUGUACACAAUCACUGGACAAGAGGUGAGGAGUUUCUCCCAACUCCGCAACGAUUUUGCUGACGUGGAAACCUUCUACCUGGGCACAGUGAUGGUCGCACCAGCUUUAAGUCCCGGAGUCAGCGCGCCCCUGCCAGUCGAGUCUCCUAUGAGAAGAUCUCGAUCCCGAGGCAACGUUGCGGCAGCCCCAGCCUCAGAGGAAGUGUCCGUGCGCGGGCGACGCGCGCGCAGCAAAAGCCGACCGAGGGUGCUGUACGCACCAGAAGGAGAAAUCGUUCGUAAUGCAGAUUAUACCUUACUGGAAGUGCUCAAAGAGGAGCCGAUCCGCGUGACUAUCCGCGGUCUCAGACGCACCUUCUACCCACCAAUCCACCACGCUCCCGUAGACAACGCGCCCCCAGAAAAGAAGCUCGCACUAGAAUGGGUCUACGGCUACCGAGGCUCCGACUCCCGACGAAACCUCUGGGUGCUACCUACUGGAGAGCUGUUGUACUACGUCGCUGCCGUCGCCAUCAUGUACGACCGCGACGAGGAAUCGCAGCGGCAUUAUAUGGGACAUACUGAGGAUAUACAGUGCAUGGAGCUGCACCCUUCGCGCGAGCUGGUGGCGAGCGGCCAGCGCGCCGGGCGCGGGCGCCGCGCGCAGGCUCACGUGCGCAUCUGGAGCACCGACACUUUACAGACACUACACGUUUUUGGAAUGGCGGAGUUUGAAGCUGGCGUUUCCGCCGUCGCCUUUUCACAACUGAACGGAGGCAGCUACGUUCUGGCUGUGGAUGCCGGCCGAGAGAGCAUUCUCUCCGUGUGGCAGUGGCAAUGGGGACACCUGCUGGGUAAAGUUGCAACCCUACAAGAAGAGUUAACCGGUGCGGCUUUUCAUCCUCUGGACGACAACCUGCUCAUCACACACGGGAAAGGACAUUUGGCGUUCUGGAACCGACGAAAAGAUGGAUUCUUCGAGCGGACUGAUAUUAUUAAACCGCCGUCUCGCACACACGUAACAGCGCUACAGUUCGAGCAGGACGGCGACGUGGUCACAGCUGAUAGCGAUGGCUUCAUCACCGUGUAUAGCGUCGACAGUGACGGCGCAUAUUUCGUGAGGAUGGAGUUUGAGGCUCACAUUAAGGGCAUCAGCUCACUGGUGAUGCUUUCGGAAGGAACCCUAAUUUCUGGCGGAGAGAAAGACAGAAAGAUAGCAGCAUGGGAUUCUCUACAAAAUUACAAGAGGAUAACUGAGACGAAGCUGCCUGAAUCUGCGGGUGGAGUGCGCAGCAUCUACCCUCAGAGGCCGGGUCGCAACGACGGUAACCUCUAUGUUGGAACCACUCGCAACAAUAUUAUGGAGGGAUCGUUGCAGAGACGAUUCAAUCAGGUUAUUUUCGGCCAUCACAAGCAGCUCAUGGGCCUGGCCGUCCACCCGGAUGACGAAAUGUUCGCGACAGCCGGGCACGAUAAGAACAUCGCGUUGUGGCGUGGACACAAACUCGUGUUUGCUACUCAAGUUGGAUACGAAUGCGUAUCUCUCGCAUGGCACCCCGGCGGCGGCGCGCUAGCGGCCGGCAGUACUGAAGGGCAUCUGGUGGUGUUGAACGCUGAUGCUGGAGCACACGUAGCCACACUUCGCGUCUGUGGAUCGCCGCUUAAUUGUUUGAUGUAUAACUCAGCCGGAGACCUGCUCGCCAUCGGCUCCCAAAACGGCAGCAUCUACCUAUUCCGCGUGUCCCGCGACGGCUUCUCCUACAAGAAGUCGAACAAGAUCCGCGGCGCACAACCUCUCGUGCAGUUAGACUGGAGUCUGGACGGCAAUUACCUGCAGACUGUCACGGCUGACUAUGACUUGGCUUUCUGGGACAUAAAGUCCUUGUCACCAGAAAAGAGCCCGAUAGCAAUGAAGGAUGUCAAAUGGUCCACUUUUAACUCUACUGUCGGAUUCUUAGUGUCUGGAAUGUGGAACAAUAGAUUCUACCCGAUGACGUCUCUCAUAUCGACUGCGAGUCGAUCCGCUGCGCACGACCUGUUGAUCAGCGGAGAUUCUGACGGAUAUCUGCGCUUGUUCAGAUACCCUUGCGCCAGCCCCAAAGCGGAAUACAACGAGAUGAAAGUGUACAGCGGGUCCGUGUACUGCGCGCGCUUCCUGUUCAACGACCGCUGCCUGGUGACGGCGGGCGGCGCCGACGCCGCGCUCAUGCUGUGGGAGCUGGUGGACGACUAGCCCGCGGCGCGCCGGCGCCGGCCGCCCGCCGUCGUGCUCGCGCCGCCCACCCCCUCGCCGCCCGCCGCCCGGGCCACCUUCAAGGUGCUGGAUUUUGAUGAGCUCGAUUGAAGCAACGUGGACGAUAGGGACGUGUAAUCUAAACCUUACAGAUGGUCACGCCUCCCAUCCGUUGAGCGUAUUUAACGACAAAUGAAGCAAUUUAAGCACCUUAUAGAUGGAUGAUCAUGCCAUCUCCUGUUAAUCACGAAUCAUUCGGGUUCCGGGGUUUUGAUGAGCCGAAGUAUACCACACAUAAGUUACAUCGAGCUUUUUGAUGACAAGCUAUCAGAAUUACUGCUAUAUUGCAAUCUUGCCAAAACUUGUCGAUUCAAUAUAUCGACUUGACUUUGCGAAAUGACUUUUUGCGUGAGCUCAUCCAGGAGUCUUCGUCCAUUUUGACUCUUGUCCGAAAUCUGCCCAGGUUCUUUGUAACUUACAAAAGUGGUAACAACUUACAUAGGUAUACUGAAUUCACGACUAACUAAGGCGCUAUUGCUAGUGAACAUGGGACAUUUAAGGCUUCCAAAAUUGUCCUGAUUUGACACAUAAAUCUUUACGGAUUUUCAUUGUUUUAAGACACUUGCAAUCUGGAAUUGUACCCUUAAUAUUAUUAUGAAUUGUAAUACUAGUUUAUGACAUACCCAUCCAGUAUUGGAUUGUAUUGGAGAGUUAUUAUCUAUUAAUGAAAUUAAUGUAUUUACCUACAUAAGUCACUGCCAUUUCUAACUUGCAUUAAACUAUGGAAUAAUGUGUAGGUAAACGGAGCAAUCUUAAAAAAAUAUUAUUUAAGUAGUAGGAAUUUAAAAGUUAUAUUUGACAAAUCUAUAAUCCGUCUAAACUAACUCUGCACCGACUAAACGCCAGACGGCGAAGGAAUACGCCGUGCCCCGGACGCCAGGCGAUCGCGAUUAUUUAAACGAAAUUGAACUUUACGGAGUCCCGCGUAAGUCCCUAUUGCAUUAGCGAAGCUGUAGCCGUCGUUGGCGUCCUUGGCAAGACUUUCCGAUAACCGUCAGAGCCGCCUGUGGCGGUCAAAAGGUUAAUAUAACGAAGUGGGGAUGUGUCAUUUGACAUUUAUGAUGACACUCACACACUUUGUCAUUACCGAACAGAGUUAUCUUUGUCUGACUCUUUCAACUUUUUCAUAUAAUUUUAAAAAUACUUGGUCUUUAGUCUCUCGGGGUUUAAAAGUUACUUGGACAUGUAUUUGAUUAGCGAAUGAUAUUGUUGAAGACACAACUGACAAUCGGUCUAUUCCUAUGUGAUCUACAGCAUUGAGUAGGUACAGCCAUAGAGAUCUCUCUAGAUCUAGAGCUAUAAUGUCUAUCCGAACCGGCACCAAAUUUCACUUUUCAUUCUGAUGUCUAUAAAAAUAGUGUAUGUGUUUGUGUGCCUUACCUGUCUACCUUUGUUGAGCGACCGAUUAAGACUGGGAAUGGUGGUAAAGUGAUAGUAAGUAAAGAAAAGAUACUUUAUUGUUGUGUCCGUUUGUUGACUCGAUAUAUUAUUCAUCAUAUUUAUAUUGAAAACUGUAUUAUAUAUGUGCAUGUGGCCUUUUUCCAUAGCGGAUUUUAGAAAAAAAACCUAUAAUUCGGUUAUUAUUUAUAGUUUCAGGACAAUGUCUUUAAAACAUUGUAUUGCACGAAUUAAAAAAUCUAAGUUAUGCUAAUGCCAUGCAACAAAUCACGAUUUUCCUUGGAGUAUUACAAACUAGGUAUGUCGCUAGUCGCUAUAAAAAUGCAUUGAUAGUACGUAUGUUUUAAAAUCCGCUAAGAAAAGAUAUUGGACCAAAUAAUUCGUUGUGAAAGAUUUGAAUACUUCUUCCAAAAUGUGGCAGGCCACGAUAAAUUAUUACGAUCAACUUUUUGUACCUUAUCAUGCUUUUCACUGUAAAAAAAACAUAUCAGUCGAUUAUCGGCACUUCACGUAAAUAUAAUUAAUUCAAUGAAUAAUAUCAAAGUUAUUGACAGUUAUAUAAAACCUUGAGUAGAUAUUUUCAGACACAAUUUAUUUAGGCAAAGGAACCUUUCCAAAGAGUUAUCACGAAUAAAAUAAUAAGUAGUGUAAUCGGAAAUCAAUUCAAUUUUUACUCACGGCUCGAGUAUCAACUAAACCAACAAAAAAUUCCCUGCAUAGGCAUUAUAGGUUGCUACGAUACCGAUAUCGCAUACGAUACCGCAUUUCGAUUUACCCUAAAUAUAGUAAUAGUAAUGAUAUUAUGUUAGGGUUUCACAACUAUGCUUAACGCAAGUAAGUACCACUGGAUUUUCGAGCUGAAGAAGCUAGUCACACUGAGCGAGGGGUAACGAGGUUCGUGUGUCAUCCGCCUUAAAUAAUACCUAACGCAUUCACUGCCAGCGCGAGCUACGCACUACGAGGAUAACACGGGAAAAACCAUAUGUAGAGAAAAGCGGAUCCCCGGCAGUGAACGUGUUAAGAGCCAAGGUUUUAAGAGUUAACUUGAUAUUAGUAAACAAAUUUUAAAUUUUAUUAUCAUCAAGUAAUUAUGAGCAAAAAUGAUGUCGCGUGUCGCGAUGACUUAAACACAUUUUACAGCAAUUUCACAAAUUUUUACGUAGUUGUAGCUGUUAUUGUCAAUUUAAGAAAACUUUAUAAUAUUUGAACGAUACCCUAAAAGGUUUAAUGGAGCAUAGAACAAGGGGCCUACCCCGAAAACCGAAAUUCUCAAAUUGUGGGGACCUUACUCUUUUACUCUCACUAAGACAUAAUUGGAGUGACAGAGAAAAAUGCCCGCAAUUGACGAACUUCGAUUUUCGCGGUUAUAGCCGUGUCUUGAUACCUAUCAAUAUAAGAGUGUUUUCACGUUAUCUGAUCCGAUAGUGUCAUUUUUUUUAUACUACUUCGGUGGCAAACAAGCAUACGGCACGCCUGAUAGUAAGCAGACUCCGUAGCCUAUGUACGCCUGCAACUCCAGAAGAGUUACAUGCGCGUUGCCGACCCUUAAAACUCCGCUCCCUGGUUAAGCUCUGGCAACCUUACUCACCGGCAGUAACACAACACUAUGAGUAGGGUCUAGUGUUAUUUGGCUGCGGUUUUCUGUAAGGUGGAGGUAUUGCCCAGUUGGGCUCUGCUCUAAUUCUGGAAUGACAUCCGCUGUGCUGUGCCCUACCACGCAAAGCGAGAUGACAUUCACAAUGCCCAUACCUCUCUUUUGGACGUAGUUUAAGGACGUACCUGGGUCCAACGUAGACGUCCUUAUAGCAUCAAGUCUUUCUUUCUUGGUUAAAGGUUAUAUUUUUAACAAUAAACACUUAAACAAGGCAAAAAAUAAAUAAAUAUGUAUAAAAAUGCGCUUUUUUUGUCAUAUCCGACAUCCGAUAUCGGAUCUGACAAUGUGAUCAUGCUCUAAUUAAGUAUGUCGUGCAUGCAUAUCCAAGCCCGACCCACUGAUAUUGAUAUUAAAAUGAUGUUAUACUUUACCUUUCUGAAAAUACUUUUUGUAAAAUUUAGCUCUUGGUGACAGCUUUAUUUUCUUACCUAAAAAAGAGCCGGAAUAUCAUUUGUACCACGUAUAUUAUACUACUCCCUUAUUCAUAAAACUUUACGGGCCUGAUUUAGUUACAUUAUGUUUUAUCCCUUUCUUACAAAUAUUUAAGUCAAAAUGACAGAUAAAGACAAGCGAUACAUAGCUAAUUUAGGCCAGUAACGCGUUUAUGAGUAAUGCUAUAAGACGGUACUUUGAAAAGGUUUUGGGAGUUUAAACCUACAAGGGGUUAUCAGAAGAUUUUCCAGAGAGCAGCACAAAGCUACUUCUUUAUUUCCUAAGGUUAAGAUGCAUAAAAAAUCUAAAUUGAAGUGCACAUAAAAAAAUAAAUUAAAACUAUCGGCAUAAAAUGUACACUAGUAUUAAGAAAAACAAUUGGUAAACGUUGAUAAUAAAGUAAACCAUUUGACAUUC